GUAGAUGGUAAUGGACUCCAAGAAAUAUUGCAGUUGGGUUCCCAUGCGACCAAGCCCACAUCAUAAUUGGCUCCGAUUGUCUCUCCUAUUUCACCCAGUGCUUAGAUUGAAUCAUUUAGGCAGUGGUCGUUUAAAUCGCUUUUCUUCUCUCUCCACCUUCGUCUUUAUUAUUGCUAUUCAUUCUCCUCUCCUCGAUCUCACCACCAAACACCCUAACUCCCAUUCUAUAUCCACUCUCUCUGUUUUAUCGCGUGUACUUUCUUUCCUUUUCUUUUAUUGUUCAAAUUGUAUUUCCUAUUUCGAGAUUCAAUUGUUUCGAUUCUUUUUGUAACCUGUUGUAUUUCCCCUGUACUUGAGUUUGUGAUCUGGUUCUGGAUUUUAUUUUCCUAGCCUGAUCUAGGAGAGCUAUACAAUUAGUUCAGAAUUCGCUUCAAUUCUUUGUUUGUGGGCGUUUAUAUGGCGGGGCAAACUCAGGAUCAAUUCGAAGUUUACUUCAGGAAAGCAGAUUUAGAUGGGGAUGGCAGAAUUAGUGGAGCUGAGGCUGUUUCUUUCUUUCAAGGAUCCGGUUUGUCCAAACAAGUCCUCGCUCAGAUAUGGGCAUAUGCUGACCAAAGUCAUAGUGGUUUCCUGAGCAAGCAAGAGUUUUUUAAUGCUCUCAAGCUUGUGACCGUAGCACAAAGGCGUGAAUUAACACCAGACAUUGUCAAGGCAGCAUUAUAUGGCCCUGCUGCAGCAAAAAUUCCAGCUCCGCAAAUUAAUUUUCCUGCCACAUCUGCUCCACAGAUGGGUGCAGCUGUGCCACCAUCCUCUCCAAGUGUUGGGUUCAGAGGACCAGGAGUUCCAAAUGCUGGUAUGAGCCAGCAGCAUUUUCCAUCUGAACAGAACCUGUCAAUGAGACCCCAACAAACCAUGCCUGCUGCUACUGCCCUGCACCCUUCUCAAGGUAUUGCAGCUCCAGAGUCUUCUAGGGGAGGUAAUAUAGUUGGUCAACCUCAAGCUAUGCCUGCUGGUUCUACUCCACUUUCACAUCAAUCAAUGCCCACCGGUGCUACUGGUCCCAGUUUAACAAAUCAAAAUAUGUCUAGCAAUUGGCUUUCUGGAAGGCCUGGUGGAGCUUCAACUGGGCCACGAGGGGUCGCUCCAUCAACAGCACCAAGGCCACAAGCUGCAGUUUCAAUGUCCUCCCAGCCUACUGCUAAUGAUUCUAAAGCAUUGGUUGUUUCUGGAAAUGGGCUUGCUUCUGGCUUGGCAUUUGGAAGUGAUGCAUUUUCUGCAACCUCGUUUACACCAACACAAGAAUUAUCUACACAAACCUUUUCUCCCCACAGUGCACCCGCCUCACCAGGGAUUACACCAGUUUCAAGUGGGGCCCAACCCUUAGUUAAGUCCAACUCUCUUGAUUCAUUGCAAAGUACGUUCUCUAUGCAUUCUGCUGGUAGUCAAAGUCAAAGGCUAUACUCGUCUCCAAUCCAAGGCCAACCAGUUUCUUCCCCAAGCUCCUCUUUUACACCAUCAGGAAUCUCUGCUGGAGCUGUGAAUGCUGCCCCAAAUAGUUCCCAGCCUCCGUGGCCAAAAAUGAAACAAUCUGAUGUUCAGAAAUAUACUAAAGUGUUCAUGGAAGUGGACACUGACAGAGAUGGGAAAAUAACUGGUGAGCAGGCAAGGAAUCUAUUUUUGAGUUGGAGGCUACCUAGAGAGGUUUUGAAGCAGGUUUGGGACUUAUCUGAUCAGGAUAGUGAUAGUAUGCUAUCUUUGAGAGAGUUUUGCUUUGCUCUCUAUUUGAUGGAACGGUAUAGGGAAGGCCGUCCUCUUCCACCUGCACUCCCUAGAAAUGUUUUGUUUGAUGAGACACUCUUGUCCAUGACAGGCCAACCCAAUGUUUCAUAUGGAAAUGCAGCUUGGGGUCCCAAUCCUGGUUUUGGACAUCAGUCGGGGAUGGCUGCCCAGACAGUGACUCCGUCAGCUGGUGUAAAACCUCCAGUUCGCCCCAAUGCUUCUGCUGAUACUACUACAAUGUCCAACCAACAAAAACCAAGAGAACCAGUGUUGGAUGAUUCCUUUGGAACCCAACCCAAUAACAAUGGACAAAAUUUAGAGAAUGGGGCAGCCGAAGAUGUAAUGGCUGAUGGAAAAAAGGUUGAUGGAACUGAAAAGGGGAUUUUGGAUUCCAGAGAGAAGCUUGAGUUCUACCGUGAGAAAAUGCAGGAACUUGUCCUGUAUAAAAGCAGAUGUGAUAAUAGACUAAAUGAAAUCACAGAAAGGGCAAUUGCAGAUAAGCGUGAGGCUGAAAUGUUGGCUAAGAAAUAUGAAGAGAAAUACAAGCAAGUUGCAGAAAUAGCUUCCAAAUUAACAGUUGAAGAAGCAAAAUUUCGUGAGAUUCAGGAGAGGAAGACAGAGUUGCAUCAUGCUAUUGUUAACAUAGAACAGGGGGGCAGUGCAGAUGGUAUUCUUCAGGUCCGUGCUGACCGCAUACAGUCAGAUCUUGAGGAGCUAAUGAAGGCCCUGACUGAACGAUGCAAGAAACAUGGAUAUGAUGUUAAGUCAGCUGCAGUAAUUGAGCUUCCCACGGGUUGGCAACCAGGAGUUUCAGAGGGAGCAGCACUCUGGGACGAAGAGUGGGAUAAGUUUGAAGAUGAAGGAUUUGGCAAUGAGCUCACUAUUGAUGUGAAAAAAGGGGCCGUCUCUCAGAGAGGAAAAGCUUCUCCAGAUGGUAGCUUGACCCCUGAUUCCACUUCCUAUGCUGAUGAAAAAACUGCGAAUCUCUUCAGUGCUAGUAAUCGUGCCAUCGAGAGCGAGUCUGCAUAUACACACAGUGAAGAUGAAUCUGCCAGAAGUCCUCGUGGUAGUCCUACUGAUAGAAACUCUCUAGAAAGCCCAUCUAAACCAUUUUCUGAUGACCCUUUUGGAAAGAGCACUGAAGCAGACGCAGAAAGACACCAAAGUUUUGAUGAAUCAGGAUGGGGGACCUUUGAUAAUGAUGAUAUGGACUCUGUGUGGGGUUUUAAUUCUCUUAAUACCAAGGACUCGGUCAAGGCCAGAGACUUUUUUGGAUCAAGUGAUUUUGAUGUACACACAAGAACAGAAUCCCCAAAUGCAGAAAGCUUUUAUGAUAAGAAGAGUCCAUUUACAUUUGAAGACUCUGUUCCCAGUACUCCACUCUCCAAGUUUGGGAACUCGCCAUCAAGGUUCAGUGAGGCAUCAAGGGAUCAGUUUGACAGUUUCUCAAGGUUUGAUUCCUUCAGCAUGCAUGAUGGUGGAUUUUCACAGCAACCGGAUAGGCUUACAAGAUUCGACUCCAUAAACAGUAGCAAGGAUUUUGGCAGCGGGUUUUCAAGGUUUGACUCCAUAAACAAUAGCAAAGAUUUUGGCAGCGGAUUUUCCCCACAACCUGAGACACUCACGAGGUUCGACUCCAUAAGUAGCAGCAAAGACUUUGGCCAUGGGUUCUCUUUUGACGACUCAGAUCCAUUUGGCUCCAGCGGUCCAUUUAAAGUCUCAUCAGAUCAGCAGAGUCCGAAGAAAAGUUCUGAUAAUUGGCGUGCUUUCUAAUUGGUAAUCCAAAAGUUAAAAUGAUAAGAAAAAAGAUAAGUAAUUUUCCCUCGGGCUCUUAUACACCUUUUCCUGUUUUUGUUGAAGUUUUGUUGGGUUGCCUACCUUUUUACUAUGUGCUGUUGUGUUUAAUAUUCUGCAGCAUGGAAUUGGAUUGUUGUAAAGUUGUGCUGUAUUUUUUGUUACAUGGCGACAUUUUUUUGAGGGGUGUUGGCAUGCCAGAAUAGUGAUUGGAAAAUAAUAAACACACACACAAAAAAGUCUCCUUUUAA